UUUAGACAAUUGGACUAUAAGAACAGCGAAGAUUACUUGUGUAUGACAGUGUAUGGUCGCGGUACUCGGGGACGCGAAAAAUGUUUUGAUUUACAUUUUUGGAAUCCAAAAACAAGGAUUUUUAUCAGUGUAAUUAUUGCUAACAGGUUUUCAAGUUGCUGUGUGGAGUAAGACGAAAUCGUCAUUGGUAUUUAAGGUGACGUUGCUGCGGGACUCGUUGCGUAGUUCAAGUUUCAAGAUAUCAGAGGAUUUUUUACUUAUUUUUGUCCGCCGCGAAACUGGCUUUUGGGGGAUCCUGACCGGGCGAAUAUUCCCAGGAUAUUAUGGACGACGAACUUGAAGAUAGAGUCCUCUAUCAGACAUACGUAUCACACAUGAAGCUGAUGUCAAAGUUUGCUGUGGGGAUACCCACCGGCCUGAAUGCUGGGGUGAACACGCCGCUGGGUUAUUUUUGGCGAUUGAUGCGAGCGUAUGCGCUAAAGCCUGAGGUAUUGGUGUGCGGCGCAGUUUUGGUUGUAAUGCUAGUCUACCUUCAGGCUGUUGACGUUUGGAGUAGGACACUUCUUGGAAGAAUUCAGUACACUCUUGGCCGAUCCACUUCUAAGGUAUCCAAACUGCAACUCGUAAGUCACGGUGAAAAGCUGAGCUGGGAAUUGAAAGAGGGAUAUGUAGCUGCUUAUGCUGUCCAGGGCCAUAGGGCGCGCAUGGAAGACCGUUUCGUAGUAAAUGAUGAUAUUAACAACACAGGAGUCUCUUUGUUUGCCGUAUUCGAUGGUCAUGGUGGCGAGUUUGCAGCCAACUAUGCACGCGAUAAGCUUAUCCCGAAUAUUAAUAAAAGGGUUAUCGAAUUGAAAGCUAUGAUAGCUGGCAGGCCGACAAAUACUAAACAAGACGAGGAAGAAACGAAUAUUAAAGAUACGAAAAAGGAUGAAAAGACAGAUGGAAUUUCUGUCGAGCGUAAAAAAUCAUUUCGCAAAACCAUGAGCACGUCGCAGACCGAUGAGUGUUCAAAAAAGAUCGUCGGUGUUACAGAUCCGGAAUUGCUGCGAAAAUUAGAUCAAUUAUUACCAAUUACUAGAGAGGUAAGACCUAGCAAACCUGGAGAAAAACCACCACCAAAGGUAGACACUGCCAGUUACCUGGAUGGAGAUAAGAUUAACUAUGCUAGAUUACUAACAGACGAAGUCCUGGCGGUCGACAGACUCCUGGUGGAAGCUGCUAAAAAAAAUAUGGACGUUGCUGGUACAACUGCACUAAUAGCACUCUUGGAGGGUAAUAAAUUAAUUGUGGCCAAUGUCGGCGAUUCACGUGGAGUUAUGUGCGAUGGCAAGGGUACUGCAAUACCACUGUCUUUCGAUCAUAAACCUCAGCAGCAAAGAGAAAAAAAACGAAUAAGAGAAGCCGGUGGACACGUCACUUUUAACGGAGUAUGGAGAGUUGCCGGCAUCCUUGCCACUUCUCGAGCUCUUGGAGAUUAUCCUUUAAAGGAUAAAAAACUAGUCAUAGCUGAUCCGGAUAUUCUGACGUUUGAUUUGGACGAUCACAAUCCCAUGUUCCUAGUGUUGGCUUCUGAUGGACUCUGGGACACCUUCUCCAAUGAGGAAGCUAUUUCUUUUAUUAAGGAACGUAUCAACGAACCGCAUUAUGGAGCUAAGAGUAUUACUCUGCAAAGUUAUUACAGAGGAUCUCUGGAUAACAUUACAGUCGUUGUGAUCAAUCUCAAAGACCGCAAGUAUAACAUAUCAGAGAACAAGAAAAGUGUUUAAGCCAAUUUCCGUGUUUCAUUGUCGUACUGUAAUUGUUGUACGAUCAUCUUUGUAUUUCCUUGCAAAGAUGUUCUAGUCAUGUGAGGAUUUUGAUGAAUAACUUUUUCAUCUCGUUCAUUGUUGUCGGAUUUUAAGCAUACGCUUCGCAUUAACAUAGAACAUUGGAAAUCCUAUGGGAAUUUUUGUUUUAUUUUUUCUCGAGAAGUGAUCUAUUUCGAGAAUAGCAGAGGAAGAGAAUGAAAACAGUUCUCUUUCAAUAUAUACAUAUAUUAUCGUCGACCCUAAUACUCGCGCGAAUUUGGUGUUAAGACCGGCACAGUUGAAAUCUGUUUCCGGAUCAAAGUAACUUCGUAUACGAGAAAAUGAAAAAGAAAUGAAAACUUGCUUCUGAGCUAGUCAAACUUCCUAUUUAAUACAAUUAAUGCUCAAUUAGCUAACAAGGCUGACUGACAAAAAUUUAUAAAUUAAAAAGCUCCAAUGUCCAAACCAAAAAGAAAAAAUUAUUUUUAGAAUUCGCCACGCGAUUCAAUGUCGACAGAUGGCAUUUUUCAAAAUAAGGUAACAAUGCAACGCAAGCAACGUUGUUAAUUCGUGACGCUCGUGCAGUGCAGUUCGAUGAAAACUUUUUACCAGUAUUGUGACUGGAAGCGUUAAAAAUCUUUAUAAAAAAUUCGAAAAAAUUGGCAAAAAAUGGAUAAAUAAGUUUUAAGCGAGAAGGACACACUUGUUAAUAUUUUGACAAUAUUUAUAUGUAAUUUUGCAAUUCGCAUUGCUGUCACUAUUUCGUGUUUACUAUUCAUCUAUGCGAAAGCUUCAGCUGACAAUGGCUUGUCUAACGAAGCCGUUCUAAAUAAUUUCUAUUAUUCAUCAAGUACGAUCAGUUUAAUAGAAGCACGUUAAAAUAGACAAGCUACCAGCUAUUUGGCAUCCUUAAGAAUUGCCUCGAAUAACAAAAUGUCCCACCAUGGGAAAUGAUUAUUAAAUGAAUCCGUCUAAUUAAUAUGAUUAGUAUAUUUAUACAUAUAUUUGAUGAUACAUGAUCUUGUAUAGAAAAAAUGAAUCUCUCUGCUUUUACGUAUAAGAACGCGUGAUGACAAUAGCACCACGCGUUUAUGUACGAUUGUGUACGUCGUCGAUAUACACUAUCAAAAAUUCAGUGUCUAAAUGUCUCUACAAGUCUCUUCUUUUUCCUUUACGAUUCUUCUUACACUGAAUAUCUUUUGGUAUCAGCACUACGAGUGUUCAAAGUUUUCUCUUUCGCGUACGAUACAAGAUAAUUCAUUGAUGAAAAAGAGAUAAAACAGUGUGCAAUUAAUUAACACAAUUUCUUAAAAGACAAUGCUUCAUUCUAUUCAACGUUACAUUUUGUAUUGUCUUCUGAUACUUUUUCUUGUCUUCUAUUUUCCUUUAUCACAAAUUAUUCGUUACCUCUUCGUGCUUACGUUUGCUGGAAGCAAGAUAUAUUCGUUUGUUGUUGUCCGUUAAGUUAUCAUAGAUUUAUAAGCUUAGAAUAUUAGAUGCACCCUUUAAGUUCCUACAGAAAGUUAGAAAAGACGUAAAGAAAGAAAGAGGAGAGUACGUUGAUUAUGUAGAGAGGAAGGGAGAGGAAGAAAAUCCUUGUCAAAUGUUAUUAUACAUAUUUUGUUACAAGCAUUAUUGAUCGGUAAUGUUUCUAUGUGGUAGUACAAAAGUAUUGCUAUUGGUUGGUUUCUGUUAUUUUAUUCUUUUGUUAUUUCCUUCGGUGCAGCUAUCUGACAUUUAUUCGUUUAGUUAUUGAGAGACAGGAAAAGAAAAAGAUCAGCAAAGAUUUUUUUUCUAUUAAAAUAUACAUAUUUAUAUGAUAUUGAAUAUUUUGAUUGUUACUAUGGGCAUUGAUGAUGCUUUAAAUAUCUCGUUGGAGUUACUGAAUUUUCAUGGUAAAAGAACAAGAAAGAGAUAUUAAAUUUUCAUAUUUUACCUUUAUGAUUAACGAGUAUAGUAACUCGAUAUCUUUUUCAAUCUAAUGAUCCUAUUUGUAAUAAUUAGUUUCCAUGACUAGCAAUGUAACAGGCUGAGAUUUAAAAAAUAUGGUUAAAUACAUUAAUUUUGCCAUAAGCGUGAAACUUGUGAUGACCAUUGAGGAAUAUUAUUGAUAAGAGAGCAAAGAGAAUCGUAUGAAAAGGAAUAUUCGAAAUCUGACCACCCAUAAAAUUCGUAAAAUAUAUCAAAGGAUAAUAAAACGAAGAAGCUUUCAUUAUUAAUUCUAAUUGCCUUGUCAAUUACGACGCUUUUUGUGGCCGUCCCAUUAAAUGGAGGCUCAAUCAACUAUAUUUUCAUAUAACUUAAUUUAUCGUCGUGAACACGAUUGUUCAAACGAAUUUACUUGCGAUUAGUUACAUCUAAAAAAUGUUUGUUAUCCAACAGUAAAAAAAAGGAUAAUAAUACUAAUUGCUGCAAAAAAUUGGGUAAAAAUAAAAAAUCGAAAACGAGACACAUGGUAUUGCCUGUGCCAAAUAUCAUUUAAUUUGAUAAGAAUAAUCACUGGAAAAUAAUUAUAUCAAUUAAGUUAGACAUUUGAUAAAAUCUGAAGGGGAAAUAAAAGUGGGUGAAAAAUUUCCAAACAAAACGUCCUUCGAAAAGUAUUGUUGCGCAACGAAAACAAAAUUGCUGAAUAUCUUUGUUUAUAUAUACUGUGCAUCGAGUGCAUUGCAUUUUUUGUAAUACAUAAUAUGAAACAUGAAUGUAAUUACUGACAACUACAGUUUGCUAACAUAGAUUGAGAAAAGAAGAAGCGAAAAACAAGAGAAUGGGGUUCAGUUGUAUUUUUCAAAAAAAUGAAAAUUUCGCAAAGUCCUAUCGCUGAUGAUCAUGAAAAAGAUGAAGAGGCUUACUAAUAAUAUCUGUUUGAAAUGCAUUGCUCACUUAUGUGUAUUCAGUGUAUGUAUAUUGUUGUAAAAUUAUAAGAAAAGAAAAAAAUACCAUCGAUGUUGUAAAUGCAAUUUUUGGAAUCCAGGGAGUGUCUCCUGGCUGUAGCAUUGCGCGCCAGAUCAAUAAAUAUAUUUAUUUUUAAA